AUGUCUUCUGUUAAUUAUACAGUCGAAGAUCUAAAACCAAGAAUAUUGCAAAAUAUUGAAGAUUUAGAAUACAAAGCUGCAUAUAAGUUUUGUAAAAAGGCAUUAGAGUUGGAACCCAAGAAUGCCACAGUGCUAGAGAUGAUGGGCCAAGUUGAACUUGAACUUGGAUAUUAUGAAUCAGCACGCAAACAUUUAUUAGAAUCCAUACAGUUAGAACCGAAUGCUGGUUACAGUAAAUACAUGUAUUUAGGACAAAUGUCAGUCGCCAAAGAUGCUAUUGAAGCCUUUCAAAAAGGCGUCGACUUGAUGGUCAUUGAAAGAAACAAACUACCAGCUGACUCUGAAGACUCCAAAGUGAUUGCAUCAAAGAUAUCCAGCGCGCUUUGUUCCAUGACGGAACUCUAUCUCACAGAUUUAUGUUUUGAACCUGAAGCAGAACAGAAAUGUGAAGAAUAUACGAAACACGCUCUUGAAGUGGACCCGAACAAUUCCGAAGUGUAUCAAACGCUUGCGUCUGUAAGACUGAGUCAACAACGUCAGGACGAGGCACGUCAAGCGCUGACGACGGCGAUGGAAUUAUGGAUUCACAAAGACUUAGGCGAUCCCGCGAUACCCAUUUAUGAAAGUCGUCUGAAUCUCGUGAAACUUUUGUUGGAGGUCGGUAUGUUUGACCAUGCCUUUACUGUGCUGGAGAAUCUGCAAAAGGAAAAUGAAGAAGUCGUCGACCUGUGGUAUUUGUAUGGUUGGACUUAUUAUUGCUUGGGAGACGAAGACGACAGAUCACCAGAAGACAAAACGACGUUGUGGGCAGAUGCAAGGGAUUGUUUAGAAACAGCAGUGAGGGUAAAGUGA